GGCAAAGGAUACUUGGUGACCAACAUGUAUGAGAUGGGUUAUGACGAUGUUAUUACUACAUUUGAUGUGAAUGAGAAUGGCAGAACCAUUGCCUAUGCAUGGGAGACUGACCAAGUACCGAAAGGUGUCAAUAUUGUCAAGUUGGGACCUAAGUUGGAAGAACUAAAUGGUGAUGAUACUGGAAUUAACUUCACUGAAGAGUUUUUACUUAGCUGCCCGGAGGUCAAGAAAGAUGGUGAAUGAAACAAGAAGUACUUGAAAGAGAUGAGGAGAAGAGCUAGAAAAGAACAAAAGGACAAAAAAGGGAUAGACCCGGAUGACAUGGCGUUUACCCCAGACUUCUAUUUAUCUUGACAGCCCACUGGUUUGAGUCUUUUUGGGGUACCUUCUUCACGCCUUUUUAUUUUAAAUGGUUAAAAUUCUUGUUUGGAAUGUCCGAGGUUUGAAUAAAACCUCAAAACAUAAUUUAAUUGCUAGUUAUAUUGUUGCAAAUAAUGUGAGUUUGUGUUGUUUUCUUGAAACAAAAAUGACCACGGCUAAUUUUAAUAACUAUGUUUUAAAUAAAUGGCCGGGGUGGGUGUGUGAAACUAAUUUUAAUAAAAUAAAUGGUGGCCGUAUGGCGUUGAUGUGGAACCCGAAUGUUUUAAAUUGUGUUUUUAAUGCGGUGGAGACACAAUACAUGCACCUUAAAUGUGUGUGUCGUAUCUCCCAAAUCAGUUUUUUAGCUACCUUGGUGUAUCCGUUAUAUACCGCUUUGGAGCGUAAGGCAUUAUGGGAAGAACUUGCUAUCCUAGGGGAUGGUU